AUGGUCGGACGAGGCAGGCCGCAACGGGGCCCUGGCCAGGUCCCCGGGCGCUGCCGGAGGCGGCCGGGCUGUGGCCGUGCUCCCCGGUGCCCCGGUGCCGGAGCCCGUACCGCAGCGCGGCCCCCGCUGCCGCGGGCACAGGCGGGCCCGCCCCCGCCGCUCCGUUCGCGCACGCGUCUCACAUGUCAGCCACCCCCGCAGUGGGGACACCGCGUCCCUCGGGCCGGGCCCCGCGCCCUGUGUGGUAGCGGGGACACGGGGGAUCUGAGCCGCCACCGCUGCAGCCGCGGCCCCGGCACCCGCUGUGGCUCAUGGCUCUGCCAGCACAAAGCCUCAAUGGAGCAGCUGAAGAAAGGUGAUGCCAGCACCAGCGGCAUCCCCCUGCUUGUCCCCAUCUCGUGCCCCGCUGCGGAAUGCUGCGACCCGCUGGAUGUGCUUCAUGCCGCCCCGCUACCCAGCGAGGCCCCUCGGGUGCCUCUGUGCCAGGGGCUGCUCCAGCCUCCAGUAAACUCCACGUCCCGCAGCCCCUCCAGACAGCUGUGUGGUGCUGCUCUGGGAUCAGGCAGACCCCACGUGCCCCUCAUGCAAGCUCACGUCCCGGCCACCUGCCAGGGCCUCACCCUGCCCGAGGGACCGGGGUCUGGGCAGGGAUGCCCACGGCCAGGAGUCACUGGACAGUGCCCACUGAGCACCCCAGAGGCGGCUGCCUGGAGGGAACAGCGAGCAGAUGGCAGGGCGGGCCGAGCUGACAAUCCCCUAAUCCCAUCAACGCCGCGGGGGCUGAGCAGAGCCGAGCUGGGCCAUGGCGGGCACAGCGGCACGGGGGCACCUCCUGCACCCGCUGCUUUUCCAGGUGGGACUUGGGGUCUGGCAGGGCUGGGAGCGAGGCUGGGUGGGUUGGGUGUGCUGGGCCAGGCUGGGGAGCAGUGCUGGUCCCCUGGGAUCCCCCACUGACCGUGCCCCUCCCCAGCUCUGCUGCGGUUGUCAUGGGCUCCGCGUGUCCACGAGCACACGUAUCCUCUACACGCUCCUGCAUGUCCUGGCCUCUGCUGUGUGCUGCCUCAUGCUGUCCCGCACUGUGGCCCAGGCUAUCACGGAGAAGGUGCCCUUCUCAGUGGUGCUGUGCCAACACCUGCCCGGGGGCACGGACUGCGAGCAGCUGGUGGGCUCCUCGGCCGUGUACCGGGUCUGUUUUGGCACUGCCUGCUUCCACCUGGCACAGGCUGCCCUGCUGCUCAACGUGCGCUCCAGCUCUGACUGCCGUGCGCAGCUCCACAAUGGGUUCUGGCUCCUGAAACUGCUGGUGCUGGUGGGCCUCUGGGCCGCAAGCUUCUUCAUCCCUGAGGACAACUUCAUCCGAGGUGUGUCCCCCACCCUAUCUGAGCUGGCACCCUGGGCACCCCUUUUGGCCCCCACUUGCCCUGUGCCAUCUCUACCUCUGUCCUCUUCCCCCAGCCUGGCACUACACAGGUGUCUGCGGUGGCUUCGCCUUCAUCCUCAUCCAGCUGGUGCUGAUCACAGCCUUUGCACACACCUGGAACAAGAACUGGUGAGUGCUGGGGUGCCGGGUGGGUACGUGCGCACUGCCACUGCUCAUCCACUCUUCCGCAGGCUGACAGGCGCUGCACAGGACAAGCGCUGGUAUCUGGCCGUGCUGCUGGCCACGGCCACCUUCUACACCCUUGCCUCUGCCGCCUUCGCCUUCCUCUACAAGUUCUACACCCACCCAGCCGCCUGCCACCUCAACAAAGCACUGCUUGCCAUCAAUGGCAGCCUCUGUGGCAUCAUGUCCUUCAUCUCCAUCACACCGUGUGUGCGGCUCAGUGAGUACCAGCUCAGUCAGUACAUAGCACAGCGUGGUGGGGGCUGCCAUGCUGCAUGGCCAGCUGUGUCCUGGGCUGGGGUGACUGUGGGCCCCAGCUCAAGGCCAGCACUUGGGCACUGGAGGAGAACCCAGGAGUUCCCCAGGGUUCCCACUGGCCCUUCCUAUACUUUGGCACAAGGCACUGGACGGGGUGAGUGGCAGGAGGGGACAGCCCAGGGCCCACUCAGAGCCCUGUUACCUACCAGCUCAUGUUACUCCAGGAACUCCAGUAACAUCUCUAUCCCCACCCUUGCAGAGCAGCCGCGCUCAGGGCUGCUGCAGUCCUCAAUCAUCAGCUGCUACGUGAUGUACCUCACCUUCUCCGCACUGUCCAGCCGCCCUCCAGAGAGAGUGCUGUACCAGGGGCAGAACCUCACUGUCUGCUUCCUGGGGGUCCGGCAGGAUGAGCUGCAGACAGAGGACACCACCGUGGCCGUGCUGGGCGCUGCUAUCAUGUACGCCUGCGUGCUCUUCGCAUGCAAUGAAGCCUCGUACCUCGCUGAGGUCUUUGGGCCCCUCUGGAUGGUCAAAGUCUACAGCUUUGAGUUUAAAAAACCUUCCUGUUGUUUCUGCUGCCCUGAGAAGAUGGAGGAGGAGCUGAGAGGCACCGACCAGACGUGUGAGCAAGUAGAGGAGAGUGCCAGGGGACAGUUCAUUGUCCAGGAUGAGCAGGACCGGGUGGUUUACAGCUAUUCAGCUUUCCACUUUGUCUUCUUCCUUGCCUCGCUCUAUGUUAUGAUGACACUCACCAACUGGUUCAGCUAUGAGAAUGCAGUGCUGGAGACCACCUUCACACAUGGCAGCUGGUCAGCCUUCUGGGUGAAGGUGUCCUCGUGCUGGGCUUGUGUCCUGCUCUACCUGUGGCUGCUGCUGAGCCCCUUCUGCCUCCAUGGCUCCCCACAGCACCGACACAGCAGUACAGGGCCACGCAUCGUGCGGCGCCGACGUGCUCCACAGCGCAUCAACAUCUCCACAUAGUCCCUGCCAGGACAAACUGCACCCAGGGCUGGUCCCUGCUGUGCCCCGUGCCUGUGCCCUAGCCCUGCUUGGUCCUCCUGGCCUCCCCUGAUGCCCUGUCCCAGGAGACAGCAGCACCUGAGAGCCUGAGGAGAACAUGGGGGGUGGAUGCUCCCAGGGAUACCCAAAAGGCCAGAGCCAGCUGGUGGCAGGUGCUCAGCCUGCAGCCUGGUUGCCCUGGCCUCACUGGGUGCAGUGGGGGAGCAGGGCUCUGCCCUGGCUGUCACUGCCGUGGCGCAUUCACUGUAAAUACCUGCUUCAAUACAUUUUUAUAUA